AUGAGUGUGGACGUGGGCCCUACCUACCCCCCCGUUGUCCGUGAACGCCGCCACCUCAAUCUCCGCCUCCCUCUCCCCGACUCCUCCGAGCGCUGCCCCCGCUUCCCUCUCCCCCUUCCCCCAUCAGCCACCUCCUCCACCGCCUCGGCCGCUACCGCCUCCAUCUCCGCCGCUGACCUGGAGAAACUCCAAGUCCUCGGCCACGGGAACGGCGGCACCGUGUACAAAGUCCGCCACAAGCACACCUCCGCGAUCUACGCUUUGAAAGUCGUCCACGGCGACAGCGACCCCGCCUUCCGCCGCCAGAUCCUGCGCGAGGUCUCCAUCCUCCGGCGCACCGACUCGCCUUACGUCAUCAAGUGCCACGGCGUCUUCGAUAUCCCCGGCGGGGAUAUCGCCAUCUGUAUGGAGCACAUGGACAUGGGCACCCUCGAGACGCUGCUGAAGAACGGCGUCGUUUUCACCGAACAGCUCCUCGCGAAAAUCUGCCACCAAGUGCUCAGCGGGCUGGAGUACUUGCACGCGCACAAGAUAAUUCACCGCGAUCUGAAGCCGUCCAACAUAUUAGUCAAUCAGAAGAUGGAAGUGAAGAUCUCCGAUUUUGGGGUCAGUAAGAUCAUGCAGAGAACAUUGGAUCCCUGCAAUUCCUACGUGGGUACGUGCGCGUACAUGAGUCCGGAGCGGUUUGACCCGGAUACAUACGGGUCGAACUACGACGGGUACGCCGGAGACAUUUGGAGCUUGGGAUUGACUCUGUUGGAACUCUACAUGGGCCAUUUCCCAUACCUGGCGCCGGGCCAACGGCCGGACUGGGCGACGCUGAUGUGCGCCAUAUGCUUCGGCGAGCCGCCGGCCUUGCCGGAAAGUACGUCGGAAAAUUUCAGGAGCUUUAUCGAGUGCUGUUUACAGAAGGAUUCAGGUAAAAGGUGGAGAGCGACGCAGCUUCUGUCGCACCCUUUUCUCAGCAACGUUGACGCGAAAUCGGCGUGAAGCUCCGGCAAUUGAUGGCCAGAAAGUCUGCGGCGGCGAAGAGAUUUUGGGGACUUUGUUGUAAAUAGGAGAUCUUUUGUCCGUUAUUUGAAAUAUCUGGUGUAUAUCCUUUCCUCUGCUUCUGAAUCUCUGUUCUUGACGGGGAGCAAACCGAUCCAUUUCAACACUCGGUGGCUGUAGAAAUUGGGAGAAAAUUAAUCGAAAUUGCUCUUUUAUUAUCAAGAUUAAUUUGAUUUAUAUUUA